UCUCUCUCUCACCUGUCCCGUCACUUCUACCUGAGACUCACCAGAGGUGCACGCACUCUGACAGGACGCAGGAGACACGCGAGGUUUUAACAUUUUAAUAAAAAAAUUUAAACUAUCUGGUUCUAGAAGUUUUACAUUAAAACUUCUUCACAGGUUCAGGUCUGAUCCAGAUCUGAACCAAAUCUGGACCUUAAACAGGAUCCGAAGAAUCCGGAUCAGAAAGCAGGACCCGAGUCAGGAGCAGGACCCGAGUCGGGAGCAGGACCCGAGUCAGGAGCAGGACCCGAGUCAGGAGCAGGACCCGAGUCAGGAGCAGGACCCGAGUCAGGAGCAGGACCCGAGCCAGGAGCAGGACCUGGAGGAUGUCCCGGGCGGAGGAGCGCGAGGAGCCGGACUGUGUGUGUUCGGUCGGGAUGAAGUCAACGUGGGACAUCAACGACCCCAAACUACCGCAGGACACCAAGCAGUUCGACCUCUUCCAGGAGUGGACAGACGGUUAUGUUCGUUACAUCUACAGUGCUGAAGAUAAAAAUGCUCAGCGGCAUCUUUCCGGCUGGGCAAUGAGAAACACCAACAACCACAACUGUCAGAUCCUGAAGAAGUCAUGUCUCGGGGUGGUGGUCUGUUCUCGUGGCUGCACGCUACCGGAUGGAUCCAGACUGCAGCUCCGCCCUGCCAUCUGCGACAAGGCCCGGCAGAAGCAGCAAAAGAAGCUGUGUCCGAGUUGUAACGGUUCUCUGGAGCUGCUGCCAUGUCGCGGUCACAGUGGGUACCCCGUCACCAACUUCUGGAGAGUUGACGGAAAAUCCAUCUUCUUCCAGGCUAAAGGGGUCCAUGACCACCCCAGACCAGAGUCCAAGUCCGAGACUGAAGCAAGAAGAAGUUCAGUGAAGAGACGAGUCAGUUCCCCUCCGUUCACACCCAAGAGACGACUGAUUGAAACACAGGCUCUAGGCCCCGCCCUCCUCUCCUGCGUUGAACCAGCAGACAGAAUCUCCUUCAUCGAACCAAACUUUCCUCAGCAUUACCCAGCAUUCCAGAACCCAGAGCCCUACUACAACCCCCACAAUGCACUGGUAGAAGCCCCACCCACACUGCAGAAACCAGCCAAUCCCAGGCUUUACAUGGGCAGGCCUGGCUACGAGUUCCAAGGGUACCUGACAUCCCCUUCGUAUCCAGUGACUGCGGAUCUCUGUGACCCCAGGGUGGCUCCCGUCCUGGGUUCCUCCUCCUCAUCUUCAUCGGCAGCUCCCCUCUCCUCUUCCUCGACCUUUGACCCUCAGACCAAACAUCCUCCAGGCUGGAAGGAGCUGCUGAAGAGCUCCGCCCCCUACGGAGACAACCACCACUACUACAGCGCUGAGUACCCCUGUCGUUACCCCGGCAACGCCCCAGGGUCCCCCGCAGCACUACAGACCAUCAUCACCACGACAACCAAGGUUUCCUACCAGCCGUGUCCGAAGCCUGGCGCCACGCUCCCUCCCUACCAGACGUGUCCCAAGCCUCCGGCCAGCCUGCCGUCCUAUCAGCCGUGUGCUCCGCCCAAACCUGGCUUCCCCGGCUGCUCCUCGCUGAUGGAGGAUGCCGCCUCCUCCUCGUCGUACUCCACUGAGGUGAAGGUGACGGAGGAAUCUGGAGGAGUCAUCAAGUCUCUGUCAUUUCAGCCUGAACCUCUGCAAACCAAAACAGAGCGGGCAGAUGGUUAUGACUACCGCUACUCGUACCCCAACACGUACCGCUACGACGAAUACUGACCAGCUCGACCUCCAGCUCUGUCAGCAUGGUGUCUGCGGUACAGCUGCUCCUGGCAGAGCGACUGAUGUGGACCAUAGGGACAAAGAUCUGUUCAAACAUUUGUAUUGUUUUUUUAUUCCCAGCGGAAAAUACAUUUUGAUCUCGGACACUCCGUCUCACGCCCUCUUCAGGAUUACAUGUGUAACCUUUACACAACAUUUCAUGAAUUUAAAAAUGGCCUCAACACAAAGUGUUCCUGUGUCGUGUUUUUCCUCUUUAGAAGCUCAUUGAGGUGAGGAAGACCAUGAUACUUGGCUGAAAGCCUCAGAAACACAGAUGAAUGCAGUUUCAGUGAAGCUUAAGUUUCAAUAAAAAAAACUUUGCAUUCUAAAGAGUAUCAGGUUGAGACAGACGACUGUUUGUUAUUUAUUGUCAUAAACAUGAAGACGACUGAGCUUAUGAUGAUGUGUUAUAUUCUCAACCUGACUAUCAAAUAAACAUGACAUGAAGAAAAGAA